AUAGAGCACAUAGACAGACAGAGGCAGAGACAAUAGAUUAGCAUCUGCUUCUCAAACCUCAUUCAGUCUUAUUUCUUGGUUCAUUUCUUGUUAAGCAAGAUUAAUCCCUAGGAAAUAGGUGUGCCUAUUAGAUAGGUACAGGAGUGCAUAAUUAGCUUUGACGUGCUUUACUGGCAAAGGCAGUAUUGGAUUGUAAUGGACGGAGUAAUGGAAAAGACUCAUUGAGGAGGAGUUGAGCUGCUUCUUCUGUGGUUCCAAACUGGGCCCUUUCACAAUUCUCGACUGAGGACUGAGUUACAGGACUGCAAACAUGUUGCAGCAGAUUCUGAACGACAUGUACAUUGAGCCAGAUCUGCUGGCAGAGCUGAGCGAGGAGCAGAAGCAGGUUCUGUUCUUUAAGAUGAGGGAAGAGCAGGUCCGGAGGUGGAAAGAGAGAGAAGCAAAACUGGAGAAGCAGGAGGCUGGAAAAGGGAAAACAAAAAAAGUAUCAAAGAAGACAGUGUCAUGGAUGAAGAGUUCAGACAACGAUGUUUGGGUUUGGGUUAUGGGAGAACACCCUGAUGAUAAGACCUACGACCAGAUCUGUGAUGAGAUCAUGGCGGAGAGAGCAGCUCUGCAGGCGCAGAAAGAAGCAGACGAACUCAGAGCUAAAAAAGAGGCUGAACUGGAGAAGCGGUUCUCUGGUUUGUAUCUGGAGCAAGAGGAGGCAGCCAGAAAAGAGGAGGCCCGGAAGGCAGCUGCCCUGGAGCAGAGCAGACAGGAGGAGCUCAAGAAGCGAGAGGCGGAGGAGAGGAGGAAAGCUGAAGAGGAGCUAAAGAGGCUGGAGGAGGAGAGAGCCCAGCAGAUCUAUCUGGACCUGAAGCAGGUUAAUCACCAGAAGAAAGGGCAAGACAAGGAGGAGAAAGCCUGGCAGGACUCAUUGCGUAAAUCCAAAGCGGCUGAUCAGCGCAGACGAUCUCUGGCUAAACAGACUAUAGACGACCACCGCAGGCGUUCGGUGAAAGCCCUGGAAAGAGGGAAAGUGGCAGCUAUGAUGAAAAAUUUUGGAGCAAAGAAAUCUGCCCCACCUCCUCAGCCCAAACCCAGAAACCUCACUCUGGCCAGCGAACCCAUUCAACAGAAGCCAGGUAUGCACCGGUCGCUGUCGACGUCCAGCAGGGAGGAAAUUAUUCGCUGGUUUAAAGAGGAGCAGACACUCAGAGUUUGUUUACAGCAAGACGAGAGUCGAGUUGCCCCCUGGUUUCAUGGUAUUAUUACUCGUGAGGAGGCGGAGGAUUUGCUGAAGUCAGGCACCGCUGGAAGCUUCCUGGUCCGUGUUAGCGAGAGGAUAUAUGGAUAUGUUCUUUCUUACAGAAGCCAAGACGAAUUCAAGCAUUUCCUCAUUGAUGUCACAGACGGCUGCUUCAUGCUGCUGGGAGACCAGAUCAAGUUCACUUCUCUGGGAGAACUAGUGGACUACCAUCAGGAGGAGCCUUUAACUCCAUCUGGAGGGGAGCGGCUGGUGAAUGCAUGUGGACAGAAGCCUGGAACUGUGGACUAUGCUGAUCUGUUCACCUGAGUGAGGUCCAGCCUCCAAAACUCAGGGACUCUAAGACGUAACCUGCUCCUCAGGUUUUUUAAUACAACAGGAUUCCUUGCUUUUCCAAAAGCAGAUCUUGAAGGACUGUAGACUGAACGUGUGUUUUUGGUCAUGCCUUCUUUGCCAAGUAUUAAAUAAUUAUUAUAACAUUCUGAUUUGGGCCGUUAUCACACCUGCACUUUUAGUUAACUUUUAGUUAAGUUGCACUCUUGGUGCAAUUCAUUUGAGCAGAUAUGAAUAGAGAAAUCACACUCGAAGCAAAACACCUGCUGCGAGAACUUUCUUGCUUCCAUCCCAGAUAGGUCUAUCCAAAAGACCAGAAAGUGGAGAGAAUAUUACGUUUAUUAAUGGACAAACUCUAACUCUAGGUUGUAAAAAAACCCCUAAAUCAAUCACAGUCUAAAAAAAAUCUGCAUGAUGAAAAUAUUCCUUUCAAUUGUACAGGAAGUCACCAAGUGCAUUUUAUGAUAAUAGGAUGGAUUUAAAGGUUUUAGUUUUGCAGUUUUUUUUUUUGCCACUGAUGUAUUUUACUGCGCAUUUGCCUUGGUCAGGUGAGCUAGUAAUGUGGUAUUUCUUAUAGAUUUUUCUGUUAAUUAAUGUAGGAAUUGAACUUACUGUGUUCAGUACAAUUUGAACAACACAAAAACAGACAUGUCCCCUGUCAUUUUCUGAGUUUGGAUCAUGUUUUAUCUUGAUGGCUGAGGUAUCAAACCUUCUCCCAUUGGAGAAACUCACUUUUGAAAUCCACAAUAGACACAAAGAAUUCUGUAAAAUUCUGUACGAUCAAGUUAAGAGCACCCUAGAUAAGAGCACCUAAAUGCUUUACAGAGUAUUUUGGUUUGUUUACCACUUUAAAGUUACUACAUGAUUUCUUAUGUGUUCCUUCAUAGUCUGGAUAAUGUAGAGGGAAAAAAAUAAAAGAAAACUUUGUCCAAA